CACUCUUGAGAAGAAAAGGGACAAAAUCAUGGAAAAGGAGCUGUAUGGCUUCUAUGCCAAAAACAUAUUACUUCACGACAAUUAUGUGCAAAAAAUAGAAAGUGUGCAAAAACAUGGGAUUUUCUCCCGAAUAUGGAACUGGAAACCACAGAAGGAUUACCUGGCCCUUCAGUUAUUCCGGGAAUGGUCGAUUCAUGGAGUGAAAUUUAUUGUGCAACCAAAACGGCAUAUCUGCGAAAGAAUUUUCUGGGGAAUCGCAGUCCUCUGUUGUACCGGAGUGGCAGGUUAUUUUAGCUACAAAGUGGUAGAAAAAUACAACUCGAGCCCUGUCAUCGUCUCCUUCCAACCAUCGCAAACAUCGGUUUCAGAGGUCCCAUUUCCAGCAGUAACGAUUUGCAACGUAAACCACUUCAAGAGGAGUGUUUUGGAAGCAUCAAUUCGGAAAGUGCAGGAAGCUGCUCGCAACAACGCGGAUCCAAAGACAGUCGAAGAUGAUGUAAUUCUGCUCAAAAUGCUUGAUCACAUUUGUGACGCUACGCAAAGUUUUAGUGCAAAAUUCAACUUUUCAAUCGGAGAUGCUACCGUUGAUUUGGAUGCAAAUAAUAAAAAUUUGGAAAAAUAUUGGAGUCAAUGGGAUAAACUUUCAGUUGAAGAACUUUACCAGCCAGCCCACAUGCAAAGUUUAAAUUCCGCAAAUCAAUUGUGUCAUGAAAUGAUUUACCUUUGCAUUUGGGAGGGCGUAGAGGUCGAAUGCAGAGAAUCGUUUUUCCCAGUUUUGACUGACCUUGGCCUUUGUUGUGUAUGGAAUUUGAUGCCGACUCGUCUGUUGCUGAAUCUCAAUGACACAGAUCCCACCAUGAAUGAGGAGCAGAGAAACAUAUCUCCGGAAGAUCUGGAAAGUUGGAAAAAGUUUAAUCUGGACGACGCUUUGAUGGAGAAAGUUGGUCGUGGGCAGAAGGAAAAGUUUCCACGUCGGCAAUCCAAAGCAGGUCAAAGUUCAGGCUUAUCCCUUCUCCUCUACCCAGCAAUUGACGAGUAUUUCUGCGCCUCGCACGACGCCUAUGGAUAUAGAAUUUAUGCUCACUCUCCCAUUGAGAUUCCGCACGUGCUGGACUUUGGCUUGGCCGUUGGACCAAAUACAGAAAUGUUUAUAAACGUGCAAGCAGAGGUGACCAUAGCUGAGAAAAGCCUUGAUGAAUUGACUUCGGAGGAGAGACACUGCUACUUUCUUGAUGAAAAGAAGCUUGCCAAUUACUUGCUUUACACCUCAACCAACUGCAUUGACGAGUGUAUAAUGGAGAGAACUGUCAACGCUUGUGAUUGCGUCACUUUUGAGAUGUACCAAUCCACAGUGAACAAGAAACCAUAUUGUGCAAAUCUUACGUGCGCCGAUAACGUUCGAAAGCAAAUUGGGAUGAAGGGCACCAAAUACUUUUGCAAAGCCUGUUAUCCGAGCUGCAACAGGAUUGUGUACGACACGCAAACCUCGUCGCUGCCGAUCCGAACGGACGUCAACAUUUGGAAGAGUAACGAUCCUGAGAAACGGAUGGACUGGUCCAAGCAGAACACGUCAAUAGUUCAUGUUUAUUUUGGAUCUGAUUCUGUCUUGUGCCGGGUUCGGAAACGAUUAUUUGGCUUCAGCGAACUAUUUGCAAAUGUGGGUGGAAUUCUUGGAUUAUUCAUCGGAUUUUCAGUGAUUAGUGUCGUAGAGCCGAUUUACUACAUUAUUCGAUUGCUCACAGUGGAUGAUGAGGAUGCAGAGGAUGAACUUGAAACCUGAACUAAUAUUGGAAUCUCAAAAAACGAGUAUAAAUUAGUA